GACAACAUAAUUCAGGUUGAUAUCUGGACCGAUUCCAUGAAAAGAAAAGUCUUCUUUUCAAGCAAUUUGUUUUCAUUAGGCAGUUCAUCAAUCUUUUGGCUCAGGCAUAACCGUUCAUAUUAUGAAUUUUUAAACUCAUACAAACAAACAAAAAAAUACUGAUAGAUGAUAUCACAAUAUAAACAACCUUCUGUUAUCUAAACAGCCAAGGACCAAACAUCUCUAUCCUACAUUCCAGAAUGAUCUCCUUCCACUGCCUUCUAGUAGCUGUGUUAGUCCUGUGUGUUCCUAUGAAGACGGUGAUAGGAUGUAAUCCAGGGAAUGUGCUAUCCUGCCUAGAGACAGAAUACACCUACACCAUUAACAAACCUUACCAGGACCCAGACACUGGGGAGGAACUGCACUGUUAUGAUGAAGUCACAGUCUAUGCUUGCUGUGGGAGAUGUCAGUCAUAUGAAUAUGGGGAGAUAGGAACGCCAUUUAAGAUUAGCGAGCAUUAUGUGUGCACGUACAAAACCAAGACGCCGCGCACUGUGACCUUGACCCACUGUCAUCCUGACCACCCGGAUCCUACCGCAGAGGUGUUUGAUGCAACGUGUGAAUGCAGAAAAUGUUCUUCAGAUGACACAAGCUGUGAGAAUUCAUAAGACUAAAUCAAAUAUUUAUGGGACCUAAGAUACUGUAUUCUAUCCUAAGACCGCCAUAGACUACAUUUUUUUUUUUUUUUUUUUUUUUUUUUUGAAAAAUGCACUAUGCUACACUUAUUUAUGUUGGAUACUACAUAUAUUUAUCUAAUUUCAGAACUAUUUGAAAUAGUUCUGAAAUUAGAUAAAUAUAUGAAAUAAUUUCUCUAGACUUACAGCAUUUGUAUUUCAUAUAAUAAGGGCACAAAUCCAAUGUAUUUAAGAAUUAAAAUCUCAAAAAAAAAAAAAAGAAAAAAACAUAAUUCUGUAUUAUUCCUGGAAAACUGGACAAAUUACUGCACAUAUCAGGACUUCUUCUGUCCCCAUGGAUUACAGCAAUUCAAAUGUCUAAAUGUCACAAAAAAAUGGCUUGACAUUUCAACAAGCACACACUGUGGAACUUCAUCAGAAAUAAGCCAGGACAUCACUGGUUCCUCCUUGAAUAGUUUCAUGUGCGGCUUUUGCCAAACAACAAGUCAAAUUUUUCUAAAUGUCAAAUGCUUAAAUGUUAUCAUGGAUUGAAUGCAACUUGACAAAUGAAAGAAAUAUUUUUCUUUUCUCUCUUUAAACAUGAAAUAAUUUAACCAAAUUAGGUGGCACGUACAAUAAAGGCAAUCAGUUCACACAUACAUAAAUAUUUGAUAAAAGCAUUAGAAAAUAAAAAGCAGACCCUUUUUGCAAAUUUGUCUUUCAAUUGAUGACAUAAAAUAACUUGAAACAAAAAUAUUUCUGAAAUCAAAAAUACAAACAACACAGCUUUGCUGACAUUACUG